UAUAUUUUUAAUUUUUCUUUUUCGCUGAAUUGUUAUUGUUCUUGCCCUUAACAUAACAAUCAAACCAACCCCAUCAACGACUCCAAUCGACAUAUAUAUAUGUAUAUAUAUAUUCUGCUUUUACAGCCUACGAAUUGUCAACGCAUCCCACCGUAUUUAUUGCCAUUUUCAAAUAAACAUGUGAAUUUCGAUGUAUAUAUAUAUAUGUAUAUAUUCAAGUCUUGAAGUCAAGGCUCAAUCAUCUCUGGGUUCAUUCGUCAAGCAAACAGCAGUGGGCUGUUCUUGUUCUUGAUUUCUUCACAUCUCCCGUCAACCUUUACUCUCCACAACUCCGGGCAGCAUUGGUUGAGAGCAAAUCCUAAAUUUGGAAAAUGGCCCAAGUUGGACAUGUUUCUGCUGUCAGCCUGAGCAGACCAAAUAACAUAGCCAAUAUUUGGAGUUCACGAUCUGCCAAGACAAGUGGCUGCACCUCUAGGAGGUCCAGCAGCAGCACUGUUGCUCGAAUGUAUGGCUUGUCGUUUGCUGGUGGUGAUGCUAUGGGCCUUCAAUUAAGGAUUCCUCCUGUACAUGCUUUUACAUCAAGAUCUAACAGGGAUCCGCUCCCUUUGAAAGUUGUUUGCAUUGACUUCCCGAGACCAGAACUUGAGAAUACAAUCAACUAUUUGGAAGCUGCUUUUUUAUCUUCAUCUUUUCGUACUUCUCCCCGUCCAAACAAGCCAUUGCAAGUGGUUAUUGUUGGUGCAGGUUUGGCUGGUUUGUCUACAGCAAAAUAUUUGGCAGAUGCAGGCCAUAAACCAAUACUGUUGGAAGCAAGGGAUGUCCUGGGUGGAAAGGUGGCUGCAUGGAAAGAUGAUGAAGGAGACUGGUAUGAGACUGGCCUACAUAUAUUCUUUGGGGCUUACCCAAAUAUUCAGAACCUGUUUGGAGAGCUAGGCAUUAAUGACAGGUUGCAAUGGAAGGAGCAUUCUAUGAUAUUUGCAAUGCCAAACAAGCCAGGAGAGUUCAGCCGGUUUGAUUUUCCCGAAGUCUUACCAUCGCCAAUAAACGGAUUAUGGGCCAUCCUGAAGAACAAUGAAAUGCUUACUUGGCCAGAGAAAAUCAAGUUUGCCAUUGGGCUCUUGCCAGCCAUAAUUGGCGGUCAGUCUUAUGUCGAGGCUCAAGAUGGAAUAACAGUUGAAGACUGGAUGAGAAAGCAGGGCAUACCAGAUAGGGUUACUGAUGAAGUGUUCAUUGCCAUGUCAAAGGCACUGAACUUCAUAAACCCUGAUGAGCUCUCAAUGCAAUGUGUUUUGAUUGCUUUGAACCGAUUUCUGCAGGAGAAGCAUGGAUCAAAGAUGGCUUUUUUGGAUGGUAAUCCGCCAGAAAGACUAUGCAUGCCAAUUGUUGAUCAUAUACAGUCUCGUGGUGGCCAAGUCCGACUUAACUCACGAAUACAAAAGAUUGAGCUAGAUAAAGAUGGAAGUGUCAAAAGCUUCAUACUAAAUAAUGGAAAUGUGAUUGAAGGAGAUGCAUAUGUAUUUGCAACUCCAGUCGAUGUCCUGAAGCUUCUUCUACCGGAGGACUGGAGGGAGAUUGAAUAUUUCAAGAAAUUGGAGAAAUUAGUCGGAGUUCCAGUUAUAAAUGUUCACAUAUGGUUUGACAGAAAACUGAAGAACACAUAUGAUCAUCUACUUUUCAGCAGAAGUCCACUUCUCAGUGUAUAUGCUGACAUGUCAGUGACUUGUAAGGAAUACUAUAACCCUAACCAAUCCAUGUUGGAGUUGGUUUUUGCACCGGCAGAAGAAUGGAUCUCACGCAGUAAUGAAGAAAUCAUUGAUGCCACAAUGAAGGAACUCGCAAAACUAUUUCCUGAUGAAAUUUCUGCUGAUCAGAGCAAAGCAAAAAUAUUGAAGUACCAUGUAGUUAAAACUCCACGAUCUGUAUAUAAAACUACACCUGGCUCUGAGCCUUGUCGUCCAUUACAAAAGUCUCCAGUAGAAGGAUUCUACUUAGCUGGUGAUUAUACAAAGCAAAAAUACUUGGCCUCGAUGGAAGGUGCCACCCUAUCAGGAAAGCUUUGUGCUCAGGCAAUUGUAAAGGAUUAUGAAUUGCUGGCUGCCAAAGGACAGAGGAAGAAGGUUCCUCAAACCACCUUUGCCUAAUGCAUUUGGACUUUUCAAGUGCUAUAUUUGCAGCGCACGAUCGAUUCAUGGAAGACAAAAGAUAAGGAUGAAGCUUAUGUACAUGUUAGACUCAACGAAAUAGAAACAUAAGAAAAUUGGCUCAACAUUUUUUUGGUGGUGUGGAAACAUUAGAUCGUCGUACUUGGAUGUUCCAAAUUGUAAGAUGCUGAACUCAAAUCUUUUCUUUCUUGAAUUGGAAAUAACAGUUGUUACAAUUGCCUAAUUGGUGAUUUGAAGUUAAAUGAUAACAGUAAGUAUUCAUUGUAAUUCUUCAUUCAGUAUGCCUUCCCACAAGAUGCGAAUUAUUGA